UUGAAACCCGUUCCAGAUUCAUAUCCGUACUGGGGAGUGUUUCUCGGUCAAACAAAAACAUGUCUGAGUGUGACAGGCUGAAACGUUAGUUGGUAGCUUUCAUCCAUCCGCUGUCAUUGCUGCUGAUUGUCGAUCCGACUGAUUGCUUUAUGGUUCCUGUCGUGUUCACGGCAGAUAACCCAGAGAGAUGCCACAGAAAGCACUGGGAUCCAUUGUAGGUCUUCUUUGUACCGGGACCUGUCUGGUGCAGGGAAAAGAGUUUUGUUCGGGGGUAAAUAAUGAACAGUACCGCUGUGAGAUGGGUUACUGCUGUGGGGAGACAGAAUGCUGCACCUACUACUACGAACUAUGGUGGUUCUGGUUGGUAUGGACGCUAAUCAUAAUGCUCAGUUGCUGUUGUGCCUACCGACACCGGAGAGUUAAAAUGCGUCUGCAACAGGAGCAACGGCAACGUGAGAUCAGCCUAAUGGCCUAUCAGGGUGCUUCCAGCUCCUUCAUUACACCGCCACCUCUCAAUUUAAGGUUUUGGAAUGACUGCAAGCUUCCCGACUAUGAAGAAGUGGUGGGUCACCCCCCGACCCCGCCUCCCCCGUACUCCGAAAACCCUCCUGAGUCAGCUCCGGCGCCCGGCCCUCAAAUAAGCCAGCCGGUCUCUGUCUCCGUGCCACGAAUGUUCCCUGACGGAGAGCCAGCGGCACACCGUCAGGCAUCGGGCGUCUUGUCAGACGAGGGGGCAAUGUCACAAGCUGACCAACCACAGAGCCGGGAAGAGGAGAGCGUAGAUGUUUUGCUGUCCGGGGCGGCGGUGGGGGAGGGGGAAGAUGAGGAGGAGGACGAGCUCGUAACCCGACGCCGGCACGUGACCGGCGACUCAGGGAUUGAGGUGUGCGUUUGCCAGCUGGACGUAGACGAGGGCUCAGGGCCGGAGGAGGAAAGCGACGAGGAAAACCAGAUGUGCAAAGGUCCCGGCAGGGACUGCUGCUCCGGACGCCCGCAGGAGACCUUCAGGCAGAAGGAGUGCACCUCUGAGCUGCCAUGCCAGUCCGCCAACACCAGCACUGGAGACCACAUGGUGUGAUCCACAGCAUCAACAACCAGCAAACUAUUGCAGCUUCCAGCUUCACACAGGGCCAUAACUAUCGCCACCGACAUUGGCAUGGGGGGAAUGACUACGCUUCAUUUCCCUCAACUAAUAUUUGCGAAAUGAUGAUGUUAACUAAUCAGUUCUGGCUUUUGUUUAGGAUUGAUACGAUACCAAUGUGGGCAAGGCGCGGCUUAUUCCCUAUAUUUCUCUUAGCGGGGGGAUCCAGCAAACGUUCUGCUUCUCUGUCGGGUAUAUUUCUACCUUCUGUUCAGCGUGAGAACGUCCCUGAGUGGUGAAAAAGAAAGGAAGCGGCCAUUUUGAACUGAAGGCAGAAUUGACCAUUUCUCUCGCCAUCUCUCGCAGCGCUGCUUUCACGUUUCUGUUUUCAAAAACCCUCGUAGGUCAGAACAUUUCCCCCAACUGAGGUUUGAAGCAUGCUGCAAAACGCGGCAAAACAACGUUUCUCGGGUCUCCCCCCAAGACUGAGCACGUUCGAGGGAAGAACAAACAUUUUCAGCUAUCAGCUUGAGCUUGCAAAAAUUAGAAUCAGAUUAUGUUGGGAGGGGUUUUUUCCUUCCCAAAGCCGUUUAAUGCGUAUAAGUACUGAGUGUUUGCUGUGAAAUCUAGGCCACAGCUGCAAAGUGAUGUCAUCUCUGAGGUCAUGGCCGCCCAUGUUGGGGUGGAGGGGCUAAAACACUUGAGUGGAGAAGAGACCAGCUUCUUGUGUUUUAAAUGUCACCCUGUUGUUGUUUUUUUUUUCUUCUGUUUUGAUAUCAUAAUGUUGUCACCAAGGCUGCUUGGUAUCUAAUUAGAAUGAUGAAAGUGGUGCUCAGCAUUGUAGUGAUUUAUCGAUUGUCUGCAUGUAUGCAUGCGAUCUUCCCCCACUUCAGUUUCUAGCUGCCGUAAAAAUCCUUUGUACUAACAAUAUGGGCAGGUUUUUAGUCAAAAAAAGGUAUUGAGGGAAGAUCUAGGUUGUGUUUUAUUUAACUUGUUAUCGCUGAGGGAAUUUUUAUCACUCAGCAUGUUGUUGUUUUUUUUGUUUUUUUUAUGUCAAUAUUGAAGGAUGUAGUUGCUCUUUGCUUUUUCAUCACAUAACCAGCUCUGCUUUAGUAAAUGCCACAGGUGUCAUGAUUCCUUGCCGCAGAUUUCCUGGAUGCGGGUGUGUGCAGCUGACAGUGCAGUGACGAAAUUAUGAGAAAUGCUUUUGAGAUUGGUGAGGUAAAAACUUAAAGCACUGAUUUUGAUGUUUUGUUUUGUUUUUGUUUUUUUUGUUUUGCACGAGGCAUGACUUGGUGUUUUAUAUUUGAGUGAAUUAGCAUAUUCCAUCAUUUUUAAUACUUGCUUUGGUCAUCACUUCCAACAGUCUUACCCUGCGGUGGCUGAGGAACUCAGUUUAAAUACUUUUAGGGGUAAAAGCGGUGGAUCGAUUGCUUUUUCGAUGUAUUGAUGUACUUUUCUUGAUGAGUGCUAACUAGGUAGCUGGUGCUGUUGUGGGUUUCUGUUCUUUCUGUAGCUGUUGUAAGUGUGAGGGAUUUGCAGUGGCAUUUUUCCACUGGCAGCAGAGGGCCAGUACAUUAGCAAGCUGAGAUGGUUGCAAGCUCUGCUCAACAGUCGAUUUGGUCUUGGCACGACCACAGAAAUGCUUGCAAUGAACUGCAUGUUCCACACCAAUGCAUGCAGCUUGUUUUCCCAAACUGUAGUUUGUUCGCUUGCAAUAUAUAUAUAUAUAUAUAUAUAUAUAUAUGUAUGUAUAUAUAAAGCAGAUGGGGAAAGCCGCAACAUAAUGAAGUUCCUACAUGGACAUUCUUCUGUCUGAGACAGGUUAUUGUCAGAAAAUAAACCUUAAAAGAAUGAAGUUUGGGGAAAAAAAGAAAAAGAGAUCAAGUUUUUUAUACAUCUGCUCUGAUUGUGUGUAAAAACUCAGGUCAUCUGACAGCAUAAAGUGCACGCAUGCACCCACAAUGCAAUGCUCUAAAAGCUGCUUCUUCGGCAAUAUCAGUGGCUUUAAUAUUCCAACCAGGCAUGGGCGGCUAGGAGAUUAUCAGGGUGUGAAAUAUAAUGUUUUAAUAAUAUUUACACAAUAAAGCACUUCCUAAAUUUAGAAGUGAAAAAGCAUACUAGCUCUUUCCUUACCAGCUGAAAAGCAGUGCACAGCAACAAGUUAAGGAGGGGUGUUAAUUGAUCACAGUAAGCUUGAAAAAGCUGGACAAAACUUUAGCCUUGACCCCGAUAGCCGGUCCAUGCCUAUUUGUUUUUUAAAAUGGGUUCAGUGCCUGAAUCAGACGACACCAGUCCGACUUUUGUACAAGAAGUUUACACCAUGGCUUCAUAAAGAGGAGGAACACAAACACCUCAGUGUUGCUUGAGAAAAAAAGUUAUACAUAAAGUCAUUUUGUUUGUGCACAUCAGAAUGAAAAUGUUUCCUCUCUUCACCGGCCUGCAGCAGCUUUUUUUUUUUUUUUUUUUUUUCUUAAUUUUUUUUCUAGGUUGUAGUUGAUUAGAUUAGAGUGCUGCUGCGGCUAGAAUGUAGCAGAGGAACACCGCAGAACGUGUCGGGACAGGAUGAUGCACACGCACCACGGGCUGAAACUAUCAAAAUGUUCCUAGUCCUUUUGUUGCGAUAGUGCUGCGUCGCCUAACGGGUGCUUGAACAUGAAGCCAUUCUGACAUGACCUUUGCAGAGGAGCGGUUGCAAUGUGAGCAUGCCUGCACACCCCUAAGCAGAUUUGAUAAAACAUGUUUUUUUUUUGUUUGUUUUUUUCUUGACAGCACACCUUAAACUGCCUUGUUGCAUUUCUAUAGAGCCGAUGUCUUGAUUAGAGCUGCACAGAUAAUAUAUAACCUCUGUAUGUGGAAACUGAUGUAAUACUGCCUUAUUAGAGUAGAUGUAGUCGUCUUUUUCUCUUUUCUUUUUUUAUAAAUCGUAAUAUUUGUGCAAGCAUGGUUGUAUUAGAGAGCAAAGGAGCACUGUUGUGUCAGUAGAAAGUAGCAUUUAAUCUCGUUCUGGAAACGGUCGCAGGCUCUGUGCUUAGAGGAUGUGGCGUACAUUUAAAAGCCACCGAACUGAAGUGGUCUUGUUGCUGAGAAGUGGUUGUUGAAUUAAAAACAUACUGUGCGUAAUUA